AUGGUGGAUAUGUACUCCAGGACUUGGACAAGUCACCGGCCCAAGCGGGGCAUGACUCUGCUGGUGUCAGACCGUCAGGUGAAUAAUGAAACUCUGCCGUCACCCGUCUAUGCCAAUGUAGCACAGCUUCGCCAAAGCAUCUCCGAGUCUCCUCCCUCGGCUCCCUCGUCCUUCUCUCCUUCCUACUUUGACACAGAGGGAUGGGAGGUGCACGUUGACGAGGAAAGCGGACAGGAAUACUACUAUCACCCCCCAACAGGACGCACCACCUGGGAGAAACCCUUCCUAGACUUCCCCACAGAACCUGAGGUGUUUGCAGAGGAGCCUAUUUCCCCCUCACCCCCUCUCUCUCCUGCCCUAUCACAACCCCCCGCCUCUCCCCCUGCGUUGACCUCAGAUUGGGAGGAGUUGGUGGAUGAGACCAGUGGUCGUCCCUACUUCUACAAUACGAUGUCUGGGGAGACGUCUUGGGAGCCUCCGGAGCAGCUGAGCCCAUAUCCCCCUCUGAUGGAGCCUAUGAGUGUGCACAGGUUUCAUGAGCACGGGCCGCCUCCUCUUCCUGAGGAGGACUACCCCCCAGAGGAUUACCCAGCUGCUGAUCCACCAGAUGCCUUUGAGGAGUCUUAUGCCACGGGCCCUCCAACCCUCCCUAAGGAAUAUACCCUCAGCCAUGUGGGCCGGACCGUCAUCCCCAGGGCCAACCUGGACCGCAGUACCCCGGCCGGUUGGACCCUCAUUGUGGAACCUAACGGGACCUGGGUGUUCACCAGUGAACACUCUCCAGAUGAGUGGAUCAAGUCAGUGGAUGAUCGGGGGCAGACCUACUACUACUUAAGAGACGGCUCCAAGUCCCAGUGGACCCUGCCUGAGGUUCCUGUAGGUCCUAGCUACUCCAGGUUGGAGAAUGGUGUUGAAGCAGACAAUGUGUCAGUCAUCAAGAACUGGAGACACACCAUGGGACCUGCACAGUUCAGCUCAGCACAGGAUGAAGGGAGGUUCGUCCCGACUCACCGGAGGAACACAUCAGAUUACAGCAGCGACAGCUCCAGUACAGGAAACUCUCCAGAGACGCAGCAUAAUGUCCAUAACUUAGAGAAAGCUGGAAUUCUAAACAAAACUAAAGUGUGUGAGAAUGGCAAAAAAGUAAGGAAAAACUGGACCCAGACAUGGACGGUUCUUCAUGGAGGAGUGCUGACAUUCCACAAAGACCCAAAGUCUGCAGCAACAGGGGCCUCGAACAAGACCAAUCAGAUUGUUCCUGAGGUCACGGUGGAACUGAGAGGAGCUUCGAUUGGUUGGGCCUCGAAAGACAAAUCCAGCAAAAAGAAUGUUUUGGAGUUAAAAGGCAGAAACGGUGUUGAGUUUCUGAUUCAGUAUGAUACAGAAAGCAUCAUCACUGACUGGCACAAAGUCUUAAUGGACACCAUACGACAGCUGGAGUACCAGGACCAUCAUUCAGCGGAGGAGGACAACGAUUUAUAUGAGAAGAUCGUACACACAGAGCGAGAGGAGAAGGCAGUGGGAGGCAGCGUUGACAAGAGAAGAGGCUCCAAGCCGGGUGUCACGCACUCAUCCAGCUCUGCGGGAGACUCGGACCAGAAGAGGGUCCGAACCAAACUGAUGAAGUUCCUCAUGAAACGCCCAACGCUUCAGUCCGUCAAGGAGAAGGGUUACAUCCGAGACAAUGUGUUUGGUUGCCAUCUGGCCACACUGUGUACGCAGGAGAGGACCACAGUUCCUAGUUUUGUUGAGAAAUGUAUCAAAGCGGUGGAAAAGAGAGGUUUAGACAUUGAUGGACUGUACAGAGUUAGCGGGAACCUCGCUGUCAUUCAGAAGUUACGCUUCAAGGCCGAUCACGAGGAACUGGACCUCGAGGACGGCCAGUGGGAAGACGUUCAUGUCAUCACCGGAGCGCUGAAGUUGUUUUUCCGAGAGCUUCCUGAGCCACUUUUCCCUUACAGCCACUUUAAUAAAUUCGUCUCGGCUAUCAGAAAUCCUGAUUACAAUAUGAAAGUGAAUUGUGUUAAAGACCUGGUCAGCACACUUCCUCCUUCAAAUCAUGAUACCAUGGAACUCCUUUUUGGGCAUUUAAGACGUGUCAUUGAAUGUGGAGAGGACAAUCGCAUGACCGUGCAGAAUGUGGCAAUCGUAUUUGGCCCGACGCUCCUCCGGCCGGAGACGGAUUCAGCCAACAUCACGAUGCACAUGGUCUUUCAGAACCAGAUAGUGGAGCUCAUCCUGAAUGAAUAUGAGUACAUUUUCCACUCCUAGGUGAUAAAGCUAGAGCUGAGUCACAAUCCUCCGGUGCAGAGCUGGGCGAAAGUCUACGUGUGCUCUAGUUAUUCGAGGUGCUAGAUCCACCUUUGCAUGCACAUAAACAGCUUCAGAGCAACGUCUAAAAAACACAACUCUCUCUUGUAAAAUAAGUUUAAAGGGCUCUUCAAGUUUUCUCAAAUUAGAAUAUUUGAAGUUUAACCACCAAAUGUUUUGAUAAAGGGAUCUUCAAAUAGUCUUUGCUGAGAAUAUUUGAAGCAUGUUUAAUCACUGUUAUGUCCAGAUUUACUCCAUAGGAGGCUCACACUGUUAGGACUAUCUUUGGCAGUAUUGUAGGAUUGGAAACGGAGCCACACAGGUGUCGACAGCUGUGGUUUGGUUUCCUGUCUCAUUGCUUGGGUGGAAGAAUGACUGUAUCAGACUGCUCUCGCUCCCUCAGAUUCUAGUUGUCUUAAUCUCACAAGUCACUUUCUGGAGAUUUUAUCUGUUUGUUUGUUUUCUUUCUUUUUUUUUUUUUAAUUUGGUGUCUUUUGUCGAAAUGAUAACAGCAGUGUAAUAGAACCAGAAGUCAAACCUGAACAGAUGCAUUAAUGCUCUUUUUAAGAAACGAUCAAUGAUUGCUUCCAUCUUUAUUGUAGAAAGUUUUAACGACAUUUAAAUUUUUUUUGGAUUUGAAAUGACAAUAUAUCACAUAUGGCAAUAACAGAGUUUAUAUUCUAAUAUUGUGUUUUGUUUUUCCCCGUCUCAUUUUCCCCUCAUCAAUUUUAUUGUAAUAUAGAAAAAGUGUAAAAAGAAAUAUUAAUACCAACAACUUGCUGUGAAGUAGGCGGUGACAUAGAAGUUUUAUGCAACCUAUAGGUUAUUUUCCACUGAAUUGUAAAACCAGUUGUACUUGAAGAAGCUGUGUAAUAACAACAUAGAGAUAUAAACUAGCAAUGCAUUUUUUGCGCAGUAAAAAUCAGUCUGACCACAAAACAGAAAAGUGGAUGCUAGAAGACGUUUAUCUCCUGUACAUAGAAAUAGAAGGCAUAUUUAUGCUGGAAGUCGUUGACAAUGCACAAG